AGAGAGGAAUCGUUUGAAAUCAAGAAUCGGGUAUCGGGAUGCUCACGUUUACUUUGUUGUUUUCUUUUACUUUUCUUAUUCAUCAUAAAUAUGAUUAAGUUUGUUUGCAGUUUCACUCGAUUUUAGGGGGUGAGGGUAAUGUUUGUCAGGGCACAUAAAUCAACGAAAGGCUGUUACUUGAGCCCUAAAUAUCUAUCUUCAUCUUCGUCAUCGACAUCAAAUUGUUGGAUAAUCCACUAUUCCCAUAGUAAUUCACCAAGAGGCCUUCCCCCUCUUUCUUUCGCUCUUUGCUGGAACUUCUGCGCAAUUGCUGGGUAAGCAUUCAGGGGACAUGGCCGCCUUAGCAACUGCUGAAGUUUGUGACUCAAAUGCGUCACUUUUACACAGUGGUGAACUGCGUGUUCUCCACCCAAUUUUCCAGAUAUAUGGGCAAGGGCGUGCAUUUUCAGGACCGGUAGUCACGGUUAAAGUGUUCGAAGACAAUGUACUGGUACGGGAACUGCUUGAGACCCGGGGAGAAGGAAGGGUCCUAGUUAUCGAUGGUGGGGGAAGCAUGCGUUGUGCCAUUCUUGGAGGGAACUUGGCGCAAUUAGCUGUGAACAUGGGAUGGGCAGGUAUUGUAGUCAAUGGCUGUGUUAGAGAUGUCGAUGAGAUUAAUGGAUGUGAUAUCGGUGUUAGGGCGUUGGCAUCUCAUCCUUUGAAAUCAAACAAAAAGGGUGUUGGUGAAAAGCAUAUACCUGUUUACAUAGGAGGAGCUUUUAUCCAUGAAGGGGAGUGGCUGUAUGCAGAUAGCGACGGGGUUCUUGUUUCGAAAUCAGAGUUGUCAACCUGAAGUAUUUACAAGAAUCACAAGAAAAUUAGGAAUUUCCUAGUUCUAUUAUGUGAUGUCUCCCAAUAAUAAAGCGACGAUGCACAUUUUUUUUCUUCAGUAUUUGGUAGCCUUGUUUCUUAUUUGAUUGCUCAUUCUCUUAAGCAUCCAUGCAUCCUGGAUAAUGGUAUCUUUUUACCUCAAAUAUUUUUCACCUUCUCUAAAUGAGCAAGGAGUUUUCAGACA